AUGGCUCAUUCCCGUCCCAAGCCCGAGGGUCGGUCGGCACCGGCUAAGAGAGUCGUCCAUCGGGACGAAGAUGAUUUCAGACCUUCAGAUCAUCACAAGCGAAUGGCAGGAGAGCAAGCUCCUCUUAGGCCCCGAAAGUCUCGGAGACUGGAGAGAUCUCAGGGGAAGAAGUACGACAAGGAGGCGCUUUUUGGAGAAGAUGAAGUUCGGCCUUUGGCGACAAACCUGCUGCCAGCGAGGUCGAAAUUCCAACCAAGAGCGAGCACGUCCGAAAGGCGAACAAAAUACAACACAAAGCGUCAAAGUCAGGUCCAAUCCCAAAGUCUGAACUCAGCAAACUCCAAGUCGAGACGGGAAUUGCAGGUCCAUCUCGAGAAGUCUUUCCAGCAGAGGAUCCCGAAAUCCUCGACUCGCGACCCUCGUCACCCACCGCCUCCCGACUCAUCCUCCGACUCAGGACGACAAAGAUGGGAACAAAAAGGGUUCUCCACUACCCACUUGCGGCUCAGGUCUCCUCUCGCCACCUGUCCCCGACUCCGUCGCUUGAUCCGAGUCCGGCCCGUCUCCUUGGGUUUGUUCCUGCCCAUCGAUCCUGUUCCCGUGCCGGCUCACAUCAACACUCCGGGUCCCCUUGCUCGUACCCCAACUCUUGCCCCAACACCUCCUCCUGCUUUCUCUGCCCCCGAGCCGGCCUCUGUGCCCGCCCCUGUGGCCCCUGUGGUCCCUGACAACAAUCCCAUCGACCUAUUGGUGUUUAUGGCGAUGUUGAUGUCGGUAUCGACAACCCAGGCCCAGGCACAGAACCGACCGACCCUGCCUUCCCCGCCAUCAACGACGACGCGAGCUUGAUACUUUCGGC